CUUAAUGUGGGAAUGCGUUUAAUAAGUAAACUGUUGGCAAUCAUUUUAUCGCGUAAAUGUGGCAUUGGGAAAUUAGGCACUCGACAAAGGAUGCGUUUCUGUUGGGUGCUGCGCUAUCAAUCCAUCCCUCCCACUGCACGUAGGCUGGGUUUAUUCAUUUCACGCUUUCCCCCUCUUAUCUGAUCCACAUUCUCUGCACCCUCCCCACCCCCGAAGCGCAGCAUUUCGAAACCGCUCUACAUCACGUAAUUCAGUACUGUACACGUCUUCCAGAAAAUUACAAAAGAGAUGCGCGUAUUUGGGAAACAUACUUCAGAGUUGCGCAUGCAAACAUACUGAAGGCUGUAACGAAUAAUACAUCGCGGAAUGCAAUUGGGUUCGCGUAUGAAAAUACUAUCAUGCAAAAUCACGGGUCAUUUCGGGUAUUUUGAAGAAUCCGUUGGAUAAAAGGUGUAUCGAAAGUAAGCAGAAGCCCACAAGCACACUCCUUUGUUAUCAACAUGGCUCUGAACACAAACAUGAACCCAGCCCCCGCCAUUUGGCCAGGCGAGGAACAGCCGUCCCUAUUGGACCAAGAUACAUCAUUGUUAAGCCCAGCUCCCAUCAUCGCUGUGACUGUCACGUCCCCACCAGAGAUGGAGGAACAAGAGAUCCAUAGCACCACCACCAGCUUUGGGCCCUGCCUGAGCCAAGCCACGGCAGGGGAACUGGUCAUUGUGAUCAAUGAGAAAAUGGAGAACAGUAAUGGUAUUCACCCAGCCCCUGCUGACACCACCUCCUCAGUCAUCUCCUCACCUCCCAGAAGGCAGCAGUCCAUUUCUUACUCCCACCACCCCCACAACAGCAAGACCCGGAAGGGGAGUCGUGCCGGUUCCAUCGGCUACACCGCCUUCUCACCACGGCCCUCCAUCUCACGCCACUCCAGCAUCGCCACCAACCCACCCAUUGACAGAGCCAAGCCUAAAGACUACCUAAUACUGGCUGUGCUGGCUUGCUUCUGCCCUGUCUGGCCAAUCAACAUUGUGGGGUUUGUCUACUCUGUUAUGUCCAAGAACAGUCUGGAGCAGGGCAACCUGGAUGGAGCUCGACGAUUGGGUCGUCUCGCCAGGAUGCUCUCUACAGUUUCACUGAUAGGAGGGACAGUCAUCAUCAUUGCCUGCAUUGUAAACCUGGCGAUAAAUGUGAAAUCCUGAGUACCGUCUUGCCGUGAAACCGGAUCUAACAGUUGGAUAUCCGGAAACAGGACCCAUAUAGCUGACUGUUCCUUUUUACCAUCUCUUACAGUGUAGUCAUUAACUGGACAUGCUAUGAAUAUUAUACACCUGAUAUUACAUACCUUUCUAUAAUUGAUAUUACGUAAUCCUUUGUUAAUGGAAAAACGAUAUGCAAGAUGCUUCCGCUCCGAACUGCUCUGGGCUUCUCCAAUGAUGGAUCUUGCAGUGGAGAAACAGACGAUCGGAAUAAUCCCUUACUUUGUAUUCUGCCCAACACUGAACACUGUCCUUGACAAGGCGCCAUUACCUCAACCACUGGCCAUGAUCAGAGAGACUGACCAAAAACGAGAUGUGGUGAGAAAGGUUGACAACAACAACAGAAGAGAUUGUUUAAAGGAGGUAUGAUCCAUGUGAGAGAAACUGGGAGGAUUGUUUCAGAGCUUGAUUACCUACAAUCAUUGGAGGACAACAAAAUGUCUGCUUAGUCCAUCCUUCCUUGCCCUGACGAAAGGACACAUCAGAAAUUCAGCUUGGCAUAAAAUCCCAUCGGUACAUGAAGGUGCUUGAGGGAUUUGCCGUGCAAUAGAAACUCAAAGAAGAAAUUAAUUUCAGAGGAAGAAUUCCCCUUUCAUUUCUGAAUAGGCUUAGAUUCUAGGUUCAGUCAGUGCAUAUCCUUCCUGUCUUUCAGGCUACUGUUAGCCAUUUUGUAAUUUAAGUGCGAGGGUAGGCGGGAACGACACUCACCAACACACAACUGCUGAGAAGAUGGAAGGGAUCAACAUUUCUUGGGCACGAAACAAAGUCAAAGUAAAGGACACAAUUGUGCCAAAAAAAUUAAGUUGUCAUUGUGCUUUAAAGCUUUUGGUGACCGCAAUAUAUAUCUCCAUGUGUUUGGCUUAGGACCUGGAAAUAAUGUGAAAUGGAUACAAAAUGGGUGGCAGGAGGAACACAAAAUGAUAUGUAAUUCAGUGACUUUAUAUCAAUUUUCCACAUUGAGGAUGGGCCUUUAGACUGUUAAUGAAUGAGAGCAUUGCUGACCAGAGAAGUGGAAAAACCUCAAAACAAAUCAUAGCAGGUUAUUUACAGCGUCCAUGAAUUGUUAAAAGUUCUGCCACCGUGAAUCGGUGAAACUUUACUUCUUGUACCUUUUUGAUAAUGUUUUAGAUUUUAAACCACAAGUUUCAUCAUCUGAUGCUUUUGAAGUACAGAGCUAUCCAUGAUAGAUGGCCGUGGUGUGUGUGUCCAUAUGCAUAUACCAAAUUACAUAGUCACUGCACUGUUGUGGCUGGUCACAAUAAAUUGAAUUGCCAGUCUUCACUUUGGUGAUACUGGAAAUACGGUAAGAGCCCUGGGUAUCGAGUGUAUGGGGACCCAGAGAAUAUAAUCUGUAAUAUUUCCGAUUUAAUCAAGUGGGUAUCUGAUCCCCAUGCUGAGUAUCUAGUGGUGGACUUUAAAGGGAAGGUUCAGUUCACUUGACAUUUUCAUUGGUUUAUUCACUUAAUUGUGUUGUCGAUUGAUCCAGGCAUUUAUGUGUAGGGUUCAGAUUUGUUUAAAUCGCCACAGCUAACUAGAAAACAAUGGAAGCAAAAGGGGGCAUUGUUGAUGGGAAAAAAUGGUGUGGCCAAAUCAACUCAAAUGAAGUCAGUAUCCAGGUUUCCAUCCAUUUGGUGACAGAUUUUUCAUAAUCUGCAUACAGAAAAUGUGAAUUUUUCCACCAGUGGUGUGUUCCCACCAAACCGAAUUGCUGCGGAUACAAACCAGUGCGUGACGAUGUAGACCACACACCAUAUCAUCACGUGACUCCAAGUUUACUUUGAUAUGAUGGUUAUUAUAUCAAUAUUUGCGCCUAGUGUUAACACCGCAUAUUUAAUUUUACCAACACAAAAAGAUCCCACCACGUCGAACGAAAAAAAUUCUGUCGGUAUUUAUCAAAUUGGACCGACACGUCAUGUUUCCGUCACAGCUGAAGUGAUUUUUAUAUCGAUACACAGUAUAACUUUACUCUCAUAACUGUGGAUGGUAACGUGUUUGAAGUUCCUUGAAGUGAUUUGUCCACAAAAUUCGAACAUGCAAAUUAUGCCCCUGUUACUCCUAUAGUGUUUUGCUUAGAGGUGGCUAAAAUAAAAUGUUUUACCCCGCAUUUAAAACGUUGACUCAAUUUUCAAUCAUCAAAGCCGCAAUUAAGUGAAUAAAUUGAUGGAUAAAAAAAAAGAAAAGUUUUUUACAAUGUAUCUACCCUAGAAUCCAAGCAAAAUUUCUGGUUAGUAUCUACCUUUCAUUCCCACAACUUCUGUUGCCCAACACUUUAGAUGGGUAAUUAUUUAAAAUUGGAACUUUAAGUUAAAGGUAGAUUAAAUUACAUUGCCAUGAGCAGCAUCGCAAAUAUUGAUGCGCGAGAUGCAAGGCACUCACACGGUCACACACAGUAUAUGCACAUGUGCACGGAAGAGAAGUUGAGCCACACACUUCAACGCUCUUAGUUGUUGCAGAAAUUGACCCACUACGCUGUUUACUUAAUGCAUCUGUCAUGCCUCUGAGACCACCUUUAAUUUAGAUACUACUAUGCCUUGACCUCAAAGUCCAUCAACAGCAAUUCCUACCCUAAUGCAAAUGUUCUGUAUGAUUUAAUAUAUUAGGCAUUUUUCCCCUCUGUUAGUGUUUAGAUGUUAAAAUUAAUUGUAAUCAAGAGUUGAUAUUAUUCUGCAGAUAAGGUAACGUAUAUAUUGUGGCGUCUUCAUAGUUAUGAGUUAACAUUAUAGCUCUUAUAAUGUGGACAGGAGAGGUAGUCUGCUAGUCUUUGUUAGUCUUUAUUAGUCUUUGUAUUACCAUUGGCUACUAUAAUCUAUGUGGAUAUUGGCAUGUUGUUGAUUUUCAUUGAUGUAUGACAAUUUUAUAGAAGUACAACCAAAAUCACAUGGAUAAGAAAACCUGGCACUAGAGAUACUUGUAUCCUUCCAAGGCACAUUCUUAAUAAAGACACAUUGCAUGAAAA